GGAUAACACCGCAUAUAGCUUACAGCCCGUCGAUACUCCCCGAUAAACUAACGGUCUCGUGUGUACGUCAUGGCCGACAAGUCGACUCUGCUAAAAGUGAUUUUACUGGGAGAUGGAGGUGUGGGCAAAUCGUCUCUCAUGAACCGCUAUGUGUCCAACAAGUUCGAUACGCACCUCUUUCACACCAUCGGCGUAGAGUUCCUUAACAAGGAACUAGAAGUGGAUGGACGACGGGUCACAUUACAAAUCUGGGACACCGCCGGCCAAGAGCGAUUUCGCAGCUUACGCACACCUUUUUACCGAGGCUCCGACUGCUGUCUGCUAACGUUCAGCGUGGAUGACAGCCAGAGCUUCCUCAACCUCAACCUCUGGAGAAAAGAGUUUGUCUACUACGCUGAUGUGAAGGAACCCGAGAGCUUUCCUUUCGUUAUUCUCGGGAAUAAAAUUGACGUGUCUGGGCGGCAGGUGGCAAAAGAAGAAGCGCAAAGAUGGUGUUGUGAAAACGGCGGGCACCCAUACUUCGAGACUAGUGCGAAAGACGCGACAAACAUCGUGGAGGCUUUUGAGGAAGUGGCGAGGCGAGUAAUAGCCUCGGACGAUAAACAAGAGCCUCUACUGUCUACACACACUGUAGAAUUGCGCAGGAAAUCACGCUCUGAUCCCAGCUGCUGUUGAUGACUUGUAAUGCGAGGUGACGUGUAUGAUUGUUUAAAAGCUGUCGCACGGAGCUUUUGGCCAGCAGGCGGCGCUUUAAAGGAAGGAACUGUACUUCCAUUACCACUAUGCCUUGAGAGGUUUAAAAAGCUCUGCUCAAGCGCAGGUGUGGGACGCUACGUUACCACUCACAAGGUCGAGUAGCACCACUGCCUUGAAGCAUAGUUUCUGAUGUUUGAUGUAAAGCCGUUUCAUUUAUAAACGUGUGUAAUCAUUUAAUUCUUCAUUGUGUUAUGUAUCAGGAAUGAAUUCUUAAAUGACAUUGGAAAUUUAGUACAUUUCAGUGGGAUUAUCACUCAGGGAGUCUGAAGAAUUUUAAGGCAUGUAGGGUGGUUGCCUCAUUUACUGAAUGUCCCGUAUCUGUUACUUUGGAAAAGGCCACUAUAUAGAGAAAUCCAAUACAUAAGAGAAUUUUUUCUUUUUUGAAAAAGGUUUUUUGAACAGUGUUUGAUACUUUGAUGCAUUGUGGGCUAUAUUGUAAUGCUUUUUCUUUUAUGGGAAUUUAGAAAAAUUUAUACUGUGUAAUAAUUUCCAGAACAUUUACUAAAAACAUAAGGACUAGUGGUGAAAAGCUCACAGACUUUUCAGUGACCAUUUUUUUCUCAGUAGUGGAUUUUCUGUCUUGAUUGACAAAUAUUCAGUUGGGCAUCUUUAAAACAAGAACAAUACUAAAACAUUACUUAUAUGCACUACUGCUAGCAUUCUACUCCGUGUGUGAUUAGCUAACAAGCAAAUUACAUAAAUAUACACUCCUACACUCAUUAACAUUUUUUUUGUCCAGUUCUCAACUGAUCAGUCAAGUUUUCAUGUGAUCUUGUUUUUCUUAUCUAGUAUUUUAUAUAUAGUUUUAAUGGUUUUUUUUCAGUAUCAUCUAUCUCUUUGGUUGUUCCCCUUCUUCCUUCUGUGCAGAGGAUAACAAGCUAUUCAUAUCAGUGCCCUCAUGGUAAAGUCAAACUCCAAAUGAGAUUAAAGUCAGACUCCAAAUGUCACUGGUAAGGACAGUGACAGGAGCUCAGUGGUCUUACUCAUUUUAAAAUCAAUACUGACCUGCAGUGAGUUUGUAAUACAAAGGAAUGCUCUUCUUAUGUAUGCUCUUUGAUAAACGGUACGGUCUGUUAUGUUGUGAUCAUAGAAAUAUUGUGAAUAAUGUCAAAUUACCAAUGUGUCGAAAAGAAAAAGAAAAGAGGCCGCCCACCCUGACAGCACAAGGAGGAACUGUGAAUGUGUGUGUAAGUGUGUGUGAUAAAUAUGACUCCCACAUUUACCACCGAUGUAAAAUGUGCAAAACAUGGCUGCAGACAGCAGAGACAGUGUACUGUUAAGAAAUUAAAUCUUCACAAUUUUGUUUUUUUUUUUCUUCUAUUAUGCCUACAGUCUGAUUAACUGUUGCUAGUUGCAGAAAACAACUCAAAUAGCUGAGUGACCAAAGUAAAGAUAAUUCUUAGGUAGUGUGUGUGUGUGUGUGUGUGUGUGUGUGUUAUAAGCUAAAUUAUACACACAUGUAAUUAACUCUAAUUAACAGAUUUUACACAGUUCCAGUUCCAAUGUGCACAUUAAUCUUUUUAUUGUCUCAAACAGAGACACCAAAGAGGAGGAAUGUACGGUUAGUAAGACCCUGGUAAGAUUUUCAAAAUGGCUUGCCAUAUUAGUAAGUACUCCACCAGAUGGCAUCAGAAAUCUGCAUACAUACUUCUUCAGCAGUGUGUCACCAUCACUGGUGUGAAAACAUUCAGCAUUACUGCAGCAGAUGGAAUGAAGCAGAUUGUAUAGUAUUUCUACUGUUGUAGAGGACCCUUUCUUGUUACUACCAACUCUGUUAGAUCCCUUUCUGGUUUUCUAUUUUCUGGCUUUCUAUUCAGCUACAGCAUAAAUGUAGAGAUAUACUAUCAAGCACAUUUGGUAUGGAAUCGGUUGACAGAAUAUCAUGGCCUUCAUUGUUAUAUGAACAAAGUCUUGUUUCUGUAAUAGACAGAUACUGUACAUAAAGAUGACUGAUGAACUUC